UCUUCAGCUGCGUCCUCUAGUCACGUGACUCACCGCAGGUUGUUGCAGUCGUGGUUGAGACGCCGCCAUUAGUAUUCGCCAUUGGGAUUAAUUGACGACACACUCCCUCGUGUUCGAGAAAAUGUGGGAUGGACCAGGGCAAGGACCAAGGGGAAGACCUCCAUUUAGGGGUAAUCAUCACGGUGACAUGUUUGGACGAGAUCGCCCCAUGCCUGAAUUCAGGGGUCGAGAUGGGAUGAUGGGUCCCAUGGGCCACAUGGGUCCGAGACCUUUAGAUCUCCCACCCAUGGACAUGAGGAGGAUGGAAGGGCCACCGCUAGGUUGCCGUGACAUGGAUCCUCGUGAUAUGCGUGGGAGAGAACCGCACAGAGAUUACUACAGACCUGAUCACGGGCCAGAUUUCAACUUCCGAGGGCACUAUGAUGGCGAGGUCGGGGACAGUAUGAUGAAUUCACCAGGCUACUUUGGACCUGGCAGGAACUCUGCUGAUAUGGGAGGCAGAGAUAUGCAAAAUAGCCGAUUUAUGGGCACGGGAGGCAGGGAUGCGUUUCCCGAUGAUAUGCCAUGGUCCAAUUAUCCCAACAUGGACGGGAGAAGAGGCUUUCCCAUGGACAGAAUGGACAACAGGCAUGUGCAUAGGGACACACGGCCUCCAGUGGGAAUUGGAGAUAACGGACGUUUUAAUAUGGACACGCCUCCCCGUGAGAGGAGGAUGAUGGACUUGGACAGGAGGGGGCCACCACCACCGUUUAAUCACAGAGGUGGCUUUGAUUCCGAUAUGGAUUUUAGGAAGCACCCUGCAGCUCAGGCUGAAUUUGGAGGCAGGGAGCGCUCUCCGUUAAGAUUCGGGAAUGAUGUACCUCCAAAGGACAGGACAAGAUCUGACAUCCCUGUCGAUGCCGGCGAGUUGCAAAGAUCAGACCUGACGGGUACAGAGGACCUUCCCGGAAUGAGAGCGGGGCCGGAGUCAAGCGGUAGUCCCCUUAUGGACUAUCGGAGCGGGGAAGAGAUGACUCUUGCAGAGGAAUGGAAGAAUCGACAAAAGGAUAAAAACCCUUACCCAGAUAUUAAUAAAAGCACAGAAGGUCCACCGGAGCCCGCCUACCCUUCCGGUUUUAGGAGAGAAGUGAACAGUAGAGAUCCACCACCGUUCGCCGAGAGGGACAGACCGCCCUUUGACUUCCCAGGGAAAGAUGUCCACUUCUCUCACGGUGGCCCGUUUGCUCCAGUGGGCAGAGACGCCGCCGCACAAGACACGCGACUCCUCGCAAGAACCCCCCUGCCAGGCACUUCCGUAGGAGAAAAUAAGGACAAACACUGGCGGCCACAAAGGGACUCACAAAGUCCACACAAAGCAAAGCUUGGUGAACCGUUCCGUCUGGACAAGAACCUGCCCGCUCAGGAGAAUGUGAAGCCUAAUGAUAGUUUUAAAGGACUGGACAAAGGUCUUCCACACAGUGAAGCCCAGAAUCGGGGCAAGAUGGAAGAACUGGGUGAGUUCCAAAGCAGCAGCAUGGUACAGGCCAAGGAUCAAGACUAUAGAGACAUUGAUUACAGGACGGGCUCCGGAAGAAACUUUGAGUAUAAACAGGAGGAUCUCCAAGCAACACAACUGAUUAAAGACUCCAAACCAGCCAUGCCGCUAGAAUUCAGUGAAUCUGGCUCCAAGGAUCAGGAUUAUAGGAACGCCUCCGUGGAGGACAAAUUGUCCACAACGAUAUCCAUAUUUGGUAUUCCAAAGACCGCUACGAUGGAGCAGAUACUCGGUGCCUUUACAGUGCGGGAUGGGGUGCCUCAGCAGGGGAUGAAGAUUAAAAGCGUUGUCCCAGGUUACAGCUACGAUACGGCCUAUGUGGAGUUUUUAAACCUCGAGGAUGCAGUCCACUUCAUGGAGUCCAACAAGGGGUCCCUAAAGGUUGGCACUAGAGCCGUCUCCAUGAGCUACACCCAUCCAGAUGAGCAUGAUAGAAGUGUUAAUGAACCCCAUCCGACCUUACCUCCACACCCUCAGUCCCAAUUGUCCAGACCCGAGCAACCCUUAGAAGAUUCCAGCCUAAAUGGGUCCGCACCAGCAUGCCCCGCCGAGCCUUUACCCCCCGCCCAGUGGCAGCGCAACUCCGACCUGACCCCAGAGGCCUGGCAGCAGCAGGUGGACCAGCAGUUUCAGCAGCAAGAGAGUGAGAAGCAAGCAGAACCCUGGGGCAACCAUAACGCUCCUCAACAUAAUGCCCAACAGUCCAAAUCCGUCUUUAAGGACAGUAAAACCAUGAUCAUAAAAAAUAUAAAGCCCACCACCACAGUGGAGACCAUCCUCAAAGCUUUGGAUCCCUUUGCGUAUCUGGAUGAGAGGAACGUCCGUCUCAUCAAGGCCAAGACGCCCGGAGCAAAGUGCUUCUGCUUUGUUGACAUGGACUCCCAUGAGCAAGUGACUCGCUUGGUUGAUCUUCUCCUGACAAAGCCUGUUCCUCUCUACAUCGAUGAUGUCAGGGUGUACGCCGAGGUUGCCAGACCCCUGAAGAACCAAAAUUUCAGACGAGAGCCUGACAAACCGAACAGUUCAUCCCCGGGAUACCCACCCCCGGCUGCCAUGAUGGAGCAGCAGCAGCACUUGUACCGCCCGCCGCCUUUUCUGCAGCCGCCUCCCGGAAUGCCAGCCGGCAGCAGUCAUCCGCCCUUGCCUCCAGACCCCAGUCAGGGACUGGGCUACGACACAAGCCAAACCCUGGACCCGUCCUACCACGCGGCUGGAGCUCACGUGCCCGCAGACCCCACAGCCGGCCUCGACCAAUCACAGAGCUUUCCUUAUGAUGCCGACACCCCCGACAUGUCAAGCUACCUGUACGACGCCACAUCAGGCUUCUAUUACGACCCUGAGACGACCCUGUACUUCGAUCCUGGCUCCAGAUACUUCUACAACGCUCAAAACCAAGAGUACCUCUACUGGGACGCAGCGGCCAAGACGUACGUCCCGGUGCCCGGCGGGAACCCUGCGGAGAACCAGCCUGUGGCCAUGACCGCUGAGGACCAGGCCAUUCUCUCCAACCCCGCCGCAGACGCUCCUCUCGACAUGAAGAAACCAUCGGCACCUCCUUUUCCCACCACGGCUCCUCCGCCGGCACCCGUAUCUGCCACCGGCGCCAACCAAGAACCCGUCCCGAGUUCCACUCCGUCCUCCGAGAAGAAAGACGACGAGGAGUCGGCGAGAAAAGACAAAGACAACAAGGAAGAGAAGCCCAAAAGUCUUGCUGCGGUGAAGAUCAUGAAAGACAUGGAACGCUGGGCAAAGAUCCAGAACCGCCAAAAGGAAGGCGCACGCGCUCCGUCUCCUUUGAUGAAAAGCGGAGCCGAUGAUGAUCGGAGGCAGUCCAAGUCCGCAGACGCCGGCUUUGCCAUUUUUGAGAGGAAGAACUCCGCUGGUGAGGAUCUCUUCAAGAAGCCUCUUGCACCAGCGAAAAAAGAGUCAAAGCGGCCAAUGGGCUCCUUGGGCAUGCUGGCGUCGGACUACGCUGCCGGCAGCGACGAAGAAGUGGAGGAGGACAAGGAGGAGGUGGCCAAGAGCGGGCAGGCCAAGCAGUGCGAGGACAAGGAGGACAAGCUGACCGACUGGAAGAAGAUGGCCUGCUUGCUGUGCAGGAGACAGUUCCCCAACAAGGACGCCCUCGUACGCCACCAGCAGCUCUCCGACCUUCACAAGCAAAAUAUGGAGAUCCACCUGAAGAUCAAGAGGUCAAAGAAGGAGCUGGAGGCGCUAGAGAACCAGGAAAAGGAAAUGACGAGCAGAGAAAGUGUGAGGUCACCUGAACAGAAGAAGAGGAAACACCAUCACCACCAACAACCAUCACAGCACCAGAACAGCUGGGCCGGAGCAUCCAGGGAGGCGAGUAAAGUCGGCGAGAGGCCGGGUUUGGGAUCAGAACCUCCGCCUCCGCAGCAGCAACGGCGGCGGCAGAAGGAGCACGCGGCCUGGGACCACGCCACCUACAAGCAGGCCGUACGCAAAGCCAUGUUUGCACGCUUCAAGGAGCUGGAGUGACAUGACGAGAUAUCGUAGGAAGUAUUCCAAAGGAAUACUUCGUCUCCUUCAAUAAACUCUUUCAUUUCUCUUACGUGGGAAAAUGUGUCCGAGCUCGCUGGCCACCGUCAAAAGUUGCUUGUUUGUCAUUUUAAUUUUGUCAUUUUUUUCUGUGAAUUUAGGAUCUAUGGCACAUUUUUACAUAAAAGUUAAAAGCAAAACUUUUUUUUGUUGCUUGUUUAUGUCCAACUUGCAUUACACGCAUUUGUCCACAAGAGGGCAGCACGAUCCAAAGAUGGAUAACCUUCCAUUGAAGGACUUGAACACGCUGGACCA